CUUUCCCUUUAAGAACUUGUCGUCACAUGACAUGAUGCAGAAAAACUACAAUCUCGUGUUACAGUUACACAUGUGUUUGUUUAUGAGACAUUUCUUGGUAGAACUUUGUCGCUUUAGGACAUACGAUUUAUUAUUGCAUUAAUUUAUAAUUAGAUGAUAUAAGUGAAAUGACAAAUUGCUUAAAUACUAUGUUUUCCGCUGUUGGUUGAGCUUGGUAAACAGUAAUGUAUCCUAUCCGUGUUAGCUAGCUAGCUAUAGCUACAAUGUUACAGUGUGUUGUGGUGUGACAUUGAUUCAUUUAGCAAAUGAAACAUUUGUAGCACUGGCACUUCACUCGACACAUUGCAUAACUGGUAAGACCGUUCUCUGGCUUAAUACAUGGCUUCUGAUGAUCAAUUCAUUGAUUUUACAUAAUAAUAUCGUUUUUAUCCCUUUAUUUGCAAUAGGACAGUCUAUCUACCAUGACUAUGAAGGAGGAUGCACCGAGUGUCCCUGAGUGCUACAUCUCAGAACAUGAAGGGUUCUAUGGAACCAUCAAGAACUCCACCAGAGACUUUAUAGUCACAGAGAUAGACAUCCAUGGCCAGAUGGUCACUAAACCCAGUGUAUCUGAUGUUCCUCAAUCAUCCAGCAUUAUUGAGGCAUGCCCAGGUGCCAAGUCUGAAAGAAAUAAAAAUAUUAUUAGCCCAAAACAUCAACACAACCUAAAAGAAGAGAAAUGUACUCCGGUUGUAAAGGAUGUGGAUUCAGAACCUGGACCGGGUCAGAAUGGUGACAUCACAUCCACCCCCAGCCAAGACUGUUUUGACCUGAGCUUGAUACUGGGUCAGUCUGUCUGUGAAGAGCUAGAGCAGUUCACUGCUUUAUUGAGAGAGGCGUCAUCAAGUCCCAAUGAUGGCGUUGAGAAGAAGUUGGCCAACCAAGAAUCAUCCAAUGGCAGUGAGAAGAAGAUGGCCAAUCAAGAGUUAUCCCUGGGUUCAUUCCCAGACAAACACCAAAGAGCUAACGUCCACCGCGCUGUCCGACACAACUUCCCCUUCCUGUUGACAGUAACCAACCGAUCAGAGAUCAGGGUUAAGGAGGACCCUGACUUUAAGCUUCUGUCAGGUUUGGUCUCAGAGGAGGAGGCCGAAGACUUUUUCAGGUUCAUCGACACCAAGAUGCCUAACUCUGUGUACACGUUCAGGGGUGACGACAGUAAGGAGCACAGGACGGCAGUGCACCACUUCCUCAGUAGACGGUUUGGUAAACUGGUGGAGACCAAGAGCUUCAGUGACCAGCAGCAGAAGACUACAGCCAUUACGGUGAGGUUGAGAGGAAAAGGGAAACCCAGGAAGAGAAUGGCUGAUGAUAGUAAAGGGGAAGAGGUCUAUACAGGUGAGAGCUCUAUAGAGAACUUCAUGGACUACGUUUCUCUCCUAUUUCUCUCUCCUACUUGAUAUGUUUUGCUCUUAUGAUACUGUAUGUACAGCAAGAAGAAUGUUAUUAGCCCAAGUAAGCAUUUCGCUGCACUGUUUAUACCUGCUUUAAACUGUGUACGUGACAAAUAAACGUAUCCUUUGAUUUACCUGAACAUGGACACCACAAAACUGACCUUAAAUCAAUGUCCAAGGCCAACCUCAUCCCACUCAUAACACUCUAUUCCCAUGGCCAUACUUGUAUACUACUUAGAAUUAAGCAAUGUGUUGGGCAUGUAUUCUAGGAAGUUAGUGUGGAUAAUAUUGGCAUGGGUUUCCUCCCCCUGCAGCGUUCACUCUGAGGAAGGAGAACCUGGAGACUCUGGAGGCUACCAGCUACAUGGCAGCUGUCCUGGGGGUGCUGCCCUCGGACUUCACCUACGCUGGCAUCAAGGACAAGAGGGCCGUCACCUACCAGUCCAUGGUGGUCAAGAAGAUCUCACCACAACGGUAGAUACAGUACAGUUGUUAGAUAGAAUGUGUUGCUGUUUCCAUUCAAAGUCCUUGGCUUAGCCUAUGCGCUGUGGCCAACUCCCCUAGACAACAAACAGAGAGUUGACUAAAGCACUAACAGACUGGACCACCAGGCUAUCCUUGGCUAUGGUUUGAUGAUAAUGAUGAUGAUGAAGGAUAUUCACAAAGUGCUACAUUCUAUUGGGGGAAAACUCAACUCAUCCAACACCACCACAUUCAUGCAUUUCUAAAAUGCUAGCCCAGUGAGUUCACUGUCCACUGAUGCAUAUCCUGUCCUCAUUAUGGGGACCGGACAGACUAGUGCUGAUGGGAGGGAUGUGUGUUGUCAGGCUGAGAGAGAAGGCCAGUGAGUUUGAGAAGAGGGGGAUGGUCCUCUCCUCCGUCCGCUCCGUCCCUGAGCCUCUUCAUCUGGGUAGACUCCAGGGGAACCACUUUGACCUGGUGGUACGGGAUCUCAGACCACACCAGGGUCAUGACACACUGAUGGAGCUGGACUCACUGGUGCAGGAGGCUGUGGAGAACGUCAAGGUGAGACACUCCUAGAGAUGGAACCUUUUUUAUUCUGUGGUCUCCAUUCAACCCUGGUCCUGGAGAGAUACAGGGUGUGCAGGGUUUUGUCCAGCCCAGCACUGAAACACUCAAUUUAACUAAUCAACCUAAUCACCAAGAGCAUGAUUGGCUGAAUCGAAAGCAUGCACACCAGACCCUGUUGGCCCCCAGACCCAAAUUUGGAUACAAAUGUAGAUUGCUCGGUGCACUUUGAUAGUCAUUUGAUAGUCAUUUCCACUGCACUGUGAGUAAUGGAGGAGUGUCGUUCUCUGAUCUGUAGUGAGUAGAUAUUACAUGUCAAUCCUUUCAGGUCAGGGGGUUUGUGAACUACUAUGGACCUCAGAGGUUUGGGACUGGACAGAGUGUUCAAUCUGACAGCGUCGGACUGGCCCUGCUCAAAGAGGAAAUGGUACAUCUUCUGUGUUCUAUAUUACAAGAAACUGAAACAGUGGAUGUCAGUGUUUUAUAUUUGUUCUGUCUGACUUGUGGUGUGGGUUGUGUUUCAUGUGUCUCAGGUGGCAGCUGUCCAUCUGUUCUUCACACCAGAAGAGGGUGAUGACCCUCAGAGCGUUGCCAAGAGACACUUCCUCCAGACUGGUGAGAAAUUCCUGUUUACACUAGUCAUCAUUUCCUGUUUACCAUGUUCUCUGUUUUUAUGGACCCAACCUUUUUCAGAUGAACAAUACAUUUAUUUUAUUUUCUACUCUACUCUACGCUAUUCUACUCUACCCUGCUCCAUUCUAACCCUGUUCCUCCACCCCUCUCCUCCCUCAUCUCCUCAGAUAAUGCUAAGGAGGCCCUGUCUCUGAUGCCCAUGUCCAAGGCCAGAGAGAGGCUGAUGCUGAGGGCCCUACAUCGCUAUGGGACGGGCCCAGAGGGCUGUACUCGUGCCUGGCUCAGCCUGCCCCAUGGGAUGAGGGUCUUCUACCCCCACGCGUACUGUAGGUGGGGAAUUUAUAUCAUCUGUUUUAUUGGUUAAUUAAUUCUUCUGAAUCCUUAUUCAUUCUUUAUGGUUAUAUCUUUCAUUUUCAUUUCCUUCUUCCUCUUCACUCAAUUUGUUUGAAGUAUACUAUAUCAAUAAAGAUUGAUUUGAUUUCAGCCGGGUCUGGAACGAGGCGGCUGCACACAGGCUGACCACGCUGGGCCACAGGGCCAGGCAGGGAGAUCUGGUCUGGAAGCAGAGGGGAGAGGAGGGGAUAGAGAUGGGAGAACCCAGCUUACCUCAGGUAGUUCAGUUACAGGGUGACUUAAUAACAGAGUCAAAUAAAGAGUCAAAGUCACUUGUGAAAAUCAUUUUCAAUCGGAGCUAGAGAGUUAGCCACUAGGCUCUAUCGUUGACACCCAGUGAUACUCUCUCACUGAGAUUGAACCAGUCAUAAAGAUGGUACUGAGAUGGACCUUUGCCCUCUCUACUCUCCCAGAUUCAUGUUGUUACGGCUGCAGAGGAGGAGGAGGAAGUCUACUCACUAGGACAGGUAUGUACACACACACACAGAGACACACACACACACACACCUGUCCACUCCCCUGUUCUACAGUACCUUGUACCAUUCUAACUAUUAAUCUACAAGCAAACAUGGGUGUGUUGUCUGAGUACGUCGCCAAGUUUAAAUACCAAGCCCUGUGAAACCUACAUCCACAAACCAAAACAAAGCACUACACAAAUCAAAUGUAAUAUUAUUCUAUUGAAUUAAUUGUUAACUUCUGCUGUGUUCUUCCAUCAGGUGGUUCUUCCCAUGCUUGGCAGCAGUGUGAAGUACCCAGAGAACCCUGUAGGGGGAUGGUACCAGGAGAGACUGGCGAGGGACGGACUACAGAGCUGUCGUUUCAGAGUCACUCCUCUCAAACUGAACCUCCCUGGCUGCUACCGCCCCCUACUGGCCAUCCCACGUAACCUCACCUAUAGGCUGGAGCAGGGCCAGAGAGCUGGGGAGAGGCAACAGGAGAGUAAUGGAAAGUCCCCACAGGCUAGUGGAGCGGUACCACAGCACCCUGGCGCAGACACAACCAGGCCUGCAGGUCUGGAGAGGCAGAAAGGAGGGGAGAGCGUGCAGGGGAAUGGAGAGGGGAAGUCAGCGGUGCAGUACCCCGACACAGACACACCCAGCUUGACGUUGAACUUUGACCUGGACUCUUCCUGCUACGCCACCGUCUGCCUCAGAGAGGUCAUGAAAUGUGACCCUUAGACUGGAGUUAGUCUCAGAUUCUGUAUGUACUACUGUGUGGACAGUAUUGUAAUUAGUAUUGUGUUGUGUACACAGUAUGGCCUCUUGUGUACAUGUAGGAUACUGCCACAGUAUUGUGAUCAGUUUGCCGAUUCGUUGCCUGAUGUGGCAGUCAUGUCGUUAAUAAAAAAAUGCUUUGUUAAUUCUUCACAGUGGAUUGGAGGUAGAAUCACAUUGAAUGAUGAAGUGAAUUGAGUUGUGUGAACGUAGAAGAACCUCCGCUUGCACAGCAUUGCCACUAGAGGGGGAUGGCACCUCAUGAGUUGUUUAUCAGAUGAACAAGUGAAUUAAAACCUACUUGAAGGUACAGUAACUGAGUAAAACAUGUUAACA